AUGCUCAUUUAUCUUGGCAACCCAUCCCCUGCCCUUUUGCGUGUCAUCAGCAAGGACUACAAGGCCAAAGCCAUGAUGCACGGCGACAUAUGGUGGCCCGCAACGAAAGCGCCAGGAUACGUGGCUUGUCCCCAAAACCUGAACUACAAGUCGGCCCUCAUAGAAUUGAAAGUGAAGAGCCUGCUCACGAAAGAGAUGGCGGUGGAUAACCGCCUGUCGCAGCGUCAUGCACUGCGG